AUGGAGAAAUUCGUGAAUUGUGUGCUGUGCUUGACCACCGAGCCGGAAAGCUUUCUCAAAGUGUACAGUGAUGAAAAGCAAAGCACCGAUAUAGCGGUGGUAAUAACAAAACAUCUUUGGCUGAAACCUUCCACCGAUUCUUACGUGUGUAAUGAAUGUUGGAAAUGUUUAAACGAGUUCCACGAGUUUUACAACAAGCUUGAAGCGAUACACUAUCCACCGGAUCCCGAAGAUGCCUCAUGCAACGCAAAAGACAUCAGACAAUAUCUUUUCGAAUUUCAUCCCGUGGAAGAUGUGAAAAUAGAAGAACUGUCACAAGACGCAGAACAGUUGGAAGAGAUCGAGUAUGAAUAUUUGGAAGAGUGUAACGACGAAAGUGUAGACAAUGAAACCAAAUCACGGAUUAGCACCCGUCCCAAAAGGGCCAGUGCUGCACAGGCGAGCUACAAAAUGGAAGCGGCAGAUGCAGAGUGGGAAAAGGAUUACCUAGCGACCAACGACGACGAGUACGAUGAUGAUGAUGCGGAUUAUGAUGCAGACAUGAAGGAUGAAGCAGACUAUCUGGAUGCGGAGAACGAUGAUAGUGAAGUUAUUGACUACGGAAACCAUGACAACAAACCGGAUGUAAACAUGAAGAAGGAAGUCGUUGCACCGGUCAAACGUAGUAGAGGAAGACCACCGAAGGUAAAAACAGAACAAGCCGUAAGUAAACCGGAAACGAAGAAGUUGCGCCGACAAAGUCGAAGAAGGAAGGCAUCCAUUACUAGCAGCGAAUCGGAGCUGGAAUCCGACUUUGACGACAUCGAUAACGAAGAUUGGAAUAAGUUUGGCAAUACGUCGAGGAAAAAGGCGCGAAAGUCGCUCGGUUUCCGGCAGCUGCAGGAAAAGAUAUUUUCCUACGUGGAAGAAUUUACCUGCUACUACUGUCCGGAGAAGGUGGUUUUCGAACGUUUCCAUCAUGCGAAUCUCCACUACAAGAAAGUACACAACGAGCCAGCCUUUCUGCGGUGUCCCAAGUGCGGCAGAAAAUGUUUCACUCCGGGUGGAUUUGUGAGCCAUAUGGAGACGCACGAAGAUCCGGAACGGAAUAAAUGUAAUAUUUGCGGUAAGGUCACGGAUCAACAAAUCACGCUCAAGAAGCAUAUGCGAGCGCAUCAGGAUAAGCUCGAAAAAGAUUUCCCUUACCCGUGCCAUCAGUGCACACGAAGGUUCGAGCACGCGGAAAAACGAGACAAGCAUGAACGUUUGCACGGCCGGAAGGUGUUCAUCAAGAAGGAAAAGGGUCGCGAUCUGGAGCUGCUUGAGUUCUACAAACGCAUAUAUUGCGAUAUCUGCGAAGAAAGGAGCCCCGAGUCGACCUCGUUCGAUAACUUCUGGGAUCUGAAGGUGCACAUGACUGGGGAGCACAACAAAACGCCCUACCUAAAAUGUUUACUAUGCGGCAAGAAGAAUGCCUGCCGCCAGCAGCUGAUGGUACACGUUGAUGUACAUAACAACCCGGAACACUAUCGGUGUGAAGUAUGCAAAGAAAUUCAUCAAAAUCUGGACAAACACAUGAUCAAAGCUCACUCGCCGGAAACGUCGUUACCGGAUGAGAAAAAUUACAGUUGCGAGCAUUGUGGCAAAAUGUUUAAAUAUCAGACGAACCUUCGUAGUCACAUCGAUCGAGUGCAUGGCGUGAAGGAUGUGUGCUGUGACAUCUGCAAUAAAUACUUCAAUCACAAAGCUCUGAGUGCCCACAAACGUUCAGCACACACGGACGAGAUGUUUAUGUGCGAACAUUGUCCAAAAAUGUUCAAAACUCGCAGCGGUCUCGAAUCGCAUAAGAGUGACCACGAUGAAACGCUGCGCAAAUCGGUCAAGUGUACUAUAUGUGGUAAGGAAAUGAGGCGCGGUGCCAGCAUGGCGAAACAUAUGAAAACGAUUCACUCACAGGAAGAUCCGGUCAAGUGUGAUCUGUGCGGUAAGAUGUUCCGCACCACGUUCCACAUGUUGCGCCACCGGGCAAACACGUGCUCGGCCACAAUUGAUUCGCGUCCGUACAAGUGUGAAGUUUGUGGUAAAGGUUUCGCAAUGAAGCUUACGAUGACUGAGCAUAUGACGACGCAUACGCGCACUAGCCUGUAUCAGUGUGCGUUUUGCUUCAAAACAUUUGGUUACAUUUCGAAUCUGUAUAAACACAGGAAAAAGGCACAUCCGCUCGAAUGGCAGGAGGUACAGGCAAGACCCGAACAGGGAAUUGCAACCGUAAUCGAAAUACGUAACUUUAAACCAUCAGAUAACCCUCACGUAUGUAAGGAAUGCUGGACAAGUGUGAAUGAUUUCCAUCUGUUUUACACCAAGCUGGCUGGUAUUCAUAGCGAAGAUAUCGAGGAGAGUGAUACGAUAGAGCAGCAAGCGCCUGUUAUCGAUGUGUACGAGGUAAAGCAAGGUGAUCUUUUAGAUCAAGAUCUAGAACAAGAUGUAAAGCCUAUGACAAGAAAAAUAUCCACCAGAGUUACUAGCCUGCCACUCAGAUAUCAAACCGAUGCUGGGUCGUCAAGCAGAGAGGAAAAGAAACAUUUCGUCGAGGUAAUAGACUAUGAGAGCAAUGAUGAAGAUUUCGAUGGCUACUACCACACGGAGGACAAUAUGCUCGAUGAUACUCUUAACAUUGACCAAAAGGAUAAACCACUGUCGGAGGAGUCAGCACAAAUCGACGUACAGGACGUAACAGUACCUGAAGAACAGCCAGCAAAACGGCGUAGAGGACGUCCAUCGAAAAUUAACCAGAACACGAAUCCAAAGGAAUCACCUAAAGAAACACGUACACUCCUUUCGUCAGAAACGCCUAAACGACCCAGAGGACGUCCUCCAAAGAAUAAACCAAGUGUACAAAGUACGGAAAAGAAUGAUAAUCACGGCAAAGAUACGAUGUCUCCGCUCCAGGCAACAUCCAGUACCGCAAAUCCACCUAUUAAACGUGGUAGAGGUCGGCCACCCAAAAGAACACUAGAAGCCACAAAGCUUGAAAUUAUUGAAGACGAUCAUCUGAACAUGGAGACAAACGGUGUUAAAAGAAAAACGAUACGCGCACGGAAGCCAAAAUAUGAAAGCGAAAGCGAGCAGGACAGUUAUUCGGAUUACGAAAAAUCACAACAUAGAAAACCAUACACCAAACGAAACGAUCGAGAUGAGCGAAUAUUUAAGUAUGUGAAGGAAUUUUGCUGCCACUACUGUGUGGAUCACGUGUCCUUUAAGCGUUUUAUUGAUGCGGACCGACAUUACAAGCUGGUGCACAAUGAGCCAGGCUUUUUGAAGUGUACGUUAUGUGAAAAGAAAUGUUUUACGCCCGGGAUGUUUGUAAGCCACAUGGAAACGCACGAGGAUCCGGAAAAGAAUAAAUGCAACGUUUGUGGAAAAAUUACGGACUGUAACAUCUCGCUCAAGAAGCAUAUGCGUGUACAUCUCGGUCAGCUGGAACAGGAUCUACCGUUCCCUUGCAGCCGUUGUAAGCGAAAGUUUGAGUCGGAGGAGUUGCGAAACAAGCACGAAAAAUUGCACGUACCGAAACCGCUCGUUAAGCGCGAGAAGGGACCGGAUCUGGAGUUGCUUGCCUUUUACAAACGCAUCUAUUGUGAUGUGUGCGAAGAGAAUGCACCCGAAACGACUUCAUUCGAGAACUUCUGGGAUCUGCGGGUGCAUAUGGAGCAGGAACACAACAAGGGAGCCUACCUAAAGUGUCCAAUUUGUAACAAGAGAAAUCUGUACCGGCAGCACCUGAUCACUCACAUUGAUUUGCACAACAAUCCGGAGAAGUACCGAUGUGAAGUUUGUAAGGAAAUCUAUCAGAACCUUGAUUCGCACAUGGUUAAAGCGCAUACACCAACCACGGCGAUACCAGCGGAUAAGAAGUACAAGUGUGACCAGUGUGGACGAAUGUUUAACUUCUUGGCCAAUUUGAAAAUGCACAUCGAUUGCAUUCACGGUUCGAAAGAUGUGCGGUGCAACGUUUGCGAUAAAUACUUUAAUCUGAAAGCUUUCCGAGCGCACAAACGUACAGCCCACACGGACCAGAUGCUCAUGUGCGAACACUGCCCAAAGAUGUUUAAAACACGCGGUGCGUUGGAAGUGCACAAAGCCAUUCACGACGAUAGUUUGGUGCAGUUUACAACGUGCAAGCUGUGCAACAAGCAAAUACGGCUAACGAACGUGAAGAAGCACAUGAUGUCACAACACUCCCAGGAUGGGCCGGUUAGCUGUGAGCUGUGUGGCAAAACAUUCCGCACGAUGUUCCACAUGAAGCGCCAUCAGAAGAACACGUGUGAGGCAACGAUCGAUUCGCGCAAACACAAGUGCGAAGUGUGCGGCAAAGGGUUCUGUUUGAAGCUGACGAUGAUCGAGCACAUGACGACGCACACGCGCUCGAACAAGUACCAGUGUGCGUUUUGCUUUAAAUCGUUUGGCUACAUUUCCAAUCUGUACAAGCAUCGGAAGAAGGCACAUCCCCUCGAAUGGCAAGAGAUACAGGCACGGCCUGAGGAGAACAUUGCGUCGGUUAUUGUUCUGGAACAGGAUGCCGAUCCGCACAUCUGCAUCGAUUGUUGGACUUCGGUGAAUGAAUUUCAUUUAUACUACACCAAACUUGAAACAAUCCAUAACGAAGGUUUCGACAAUGCUUCGGAGAUGAAGAACAUUGAAUUUCUGGAGGAAGACGCCGACGAGCUGUGGCAGAUAACACAGGCUUCAUCGCAUGACGAAUCCCGCGCUGAAGAAGCAAGUGGUAAAAGAAGUUCGAGCUUUGCCCAGAAGCAUAAAACCAGCCCGCUGCAUUCAAAAAGCAUCGACCGUAAAGAUUUGGUUGAGGUAGAUGGAUACAGAAUUGUAGAAAUUGAGGUUGACGAGGAACCUGAUGAGGAUGAUGGUAAACCGUACGACACGGAUGACGACCAAAGCGAACGUGAAACUCCCAAAACGGUCUACCGAAGUAAACCAGUUAUAUUAAACGGAAGAACUAAUGCGAAUUUUGCUAGUGAAAGUUCAACGAUUGCUAUCGAUAUCCUGGAAUCGGAAGCACCGCCCGUGAAGCGUGGCAGAGGCCGUCCGCCAAAGCGAAAACCUGAACAGCAGCAGUCACAUCAUGCACACAGCGAUAUGCAAGUGCCCGUCAAAAUAAAGAAGGAUUUUAACGAAUCUAAUGCAUCGGUAGAUUCAACAGGUAGGGGCGCAGAGGAUGUGCCCGUAAAGCGCCGCAGGGGACGACCACCGAAGAGUGCAAAAGCACAACAAACCGUAUCAAGCACAACACCAACAACGGUAAAGAAUGAAACGGUGUCGGAAAGCACCGAAGAGGUAACGCCCGAACGGUACACAUCACGGGGGGAAAGGCGAUCAACGCGUGUACGCAAAAUCAAACGCUACAGCGAAAUGGAGCAAGCAAGCGAUGAGGAAAGUGAAGAGCGCAGUACAGAAUACAUACUGGGCGAAGAUCCGGAUUUCGAAGCGAGGUUGGAGCUGCAAAAGCAGCUUAACAUGGAUGACUAUGCCUUCUACGAAUACCAGUGCAGCUUGGAAUCGGAGCAGGUCGCGCGCGACAAUAAGAUAUUCCAGUUUGUGGACGAAUUCGCUUGCUACCUGUGCACGGAAAAGGUCACGUUUAAACGGUUCGCCGACGCGCAUCUACACUAUCGCGUGGAGCACAAUCAGCCGCCGUUUUUGAAAUGCCCCAAGUGUGACAAAAAGUGUCACACACCGGGAAUGUUCGUAAGCCACAUGGAAACACACGAUGAUCCGGAGAAGAACAAAUGUGGAAUUUGCGGCAAGUACAACGAUUGCAACAUCUCGCUUAAAAAGCAUAUGCGCGUACAUCAGAGCCAGCUGGAGGAGAAUUUACCUUAUCCCUGCAGUCUGUGUAAGCGAAAAUUCGAGUCCGAGGAUCUACGAGCUAAGCACGAAAAACUGCAUGUACCAAAGCCUUACGUACCUAAGGAAAAGGGCCCCGAUCAGGAGGUGCUCGAUUUCUUUAAAUCCAUCGUAUGCGACAUCUGCGAAGACGAGAACGGCCAUUCCAUUUCGUUCGACAACUUGAGCGAUUUGCGUGCACACAUGGUUAAGGAACACAACAAAAGUAUGUACGUGCGAUGUCCGGUGUGCACUACGAGACAGUGUAAUCGCCAGCAGGUCAUCACGCACAUUGACAUGCACAACAAUCCAGAUAAAUAUCGGUGCGAAAUUUGUUCUGAAGUACACCAGAAUCUUCACCAACAUAUGCUAAAGGCACAUUCACCGGAUACAGACCAACCGACCGUUACCGCCAAACACAAGUGUGACCAGUGUGGCAGAACGUUUAAUUUCUUGGCCAAUUUAAAAAUGCACGUAGACUGCGUCCAUGGCCAGAAGGACGUACGCUGCAAUGUCUGCAAUAAGUACUACAACUACAGAGCCUACCGUACCCACAAACGAACCGCCCACACGGACCUGAUGCUAAUGUGUGAACUCUGUCCAAGAAUGUUCAAAAAUCGUAAAUCGUUCGAGGCGCAUAAAGCGUUCCACGAUAGUUCCCUGCUGCGCAUGACACAGUGUGCACUCUGUGGCAAACAAAUCCGCACCUGCAGCAUGUCCAAGCACAUGAAAACGAUCCACUCGGAGGACGAUCCGGUAAAUUGCGAUCUGUGCGGCAAAGUGUUUCGCACACCGUUCCACAUGAAGCGUCAUCAGAAAAAUACCUGCGAGGUAACGAUGGAUUCACGCUCGUUCAAGUGCGAGGUUUGCGGCAAAGGUUUCUCCACGAAGCUGACCAUGGUCGAACAUAUGACGACACAUACCCGCACGAACCAGUAUCAGUGUGCAUUCUGCUUCAAAUCGUUUGGAUACAUCUCCAAUCUGUACAAGCACCGGAAGAAGGCACAUCCGCAGGAAUGGCAGGAGGUACAGGCGCACCCGGAGGAAAACAUUCCAUCGGUUAUUGUUGUGAGGAACUAGGCAGCAAGUGUUUGCGAGCCGUAUCUUCGUAGUUCCGGUACAUUCUUUUGCGGAAAAUGGCAUACCUCUGUUUAGGGAUAAAUAGGGAGAGAAGAAGACACAGAUUACUUUAAUUCACUUUAGCACGUCAUGUGCUUUCAUAAGUGGACGAAAUGUACACGGACCUCUUCUAAAAUAAAGCAUGUUAGAACCAAUAGUUUAACAAUAGUGAUUUAGUAUCUUGUGUUAAUUGUUUAUAAGAUUUUUAAACGCGUUACUGAAGAAAUGUUAUUCCGGACCUAAUUCAUGCGAGAAUCUAGCCGCCAGAAACAUAAAAAGCCUGGAUUAUAGUGAGUAACAGGACAGAAUGUAAACAGUGUGUACAGUUUUUUUUCAUCAACAGGAAAAACAAUGUAAAAUAUAGUAAUAGCAUAGCGCUAAUAAAGACAACUUUUC